UCUGAUCACAUGGCUUGUAAACUAGGCUAAGAGGAUUAUUCUGUUUUCCCUUCUGUCAUAUUUAUGUUCUGUUUUUAUCAUUCAGCCUGUUUGCUUUUAUAAGGAGAAGCAGAGGGACCCGGACGGUCAAGAGGCUUUUUGACUUAACGGUUCACAGAUGAUAGGAAACGAAUCAGUGGAUGAUCAACAGAUGAAGCUGAAUGCUUGUGCUCUGUUUCUGCUGCUGCUCAGCCCUCUGCGACGGGUUGACUGCAGCCUGCCCGUCUUCACUCCCGCCACAGCAGCUCUGCAGGAGAAGGUUUCUGCAAACUCUGAAUCAAACACUAUCACCUCUCUAAAGGAGCACGGCUUCAUGCGGCUUCCUGGAAUCUGUCGACGCCUGAAAAGACGCAGAGUCACUAUAGUGUGUAACCUUGACAAGUUCUGUUGGGGCCAGAGUUGGUGGAGAAGACAGAAGACUCCACCUGGCCAGGUGUGCCGUUGCCCUCGGCGAUCAAGAUGUUCACAUUUCUUCCUUCACAGCAUCUGAACAAUAACUUUAACAACUACUAAAAAACUACAAGCAGAAAUGUU